AUUUACUAGGAUCCAAAACCGCCUUCAGUUAACUCUAUUAGUAUAUUUUGAAGCAAAUAAAAUUCCACACACACUAGUUUGAGAUUCUUCAAUUCGAAGAAAUGAGCAAUGAAGAGCAAAGAUCAUGGCAUCAAAACACACCAACUUCUCCAAUAUUUUACAAAGGAGGAGAUUCCAAUCAUUAUAAGUUUGAAGGCAAUGGAGAUACCAUUUCUAAAAGUUUCGAUGAGAGAGAGGAAGCAUCAUCACAUGGAGAGUUGGAGGAAGAUGGUGUGAAGGGGGAUUCUGAAAUGAGUAAUAAAAUCAAGAAACUGAAGAAGACUCGUUCCACUCAGUCUCAUAGCCACAAUGAAAGGUUAAGAAGGGAGAGACUCAGGGUUAAGAUGAAGACUCUUCAAGAACUCAUUCCCUAUUGCAGUAAGAGAGACAAACUGUCCACAUUCGAUGAUGCUAUAAAAUACAUAAAGACACUACAAAAUCAAAUUCAGGUGAUGGCAAUUGAAGGGGGCUACUCCACAUUGAAUUCUACACAAACCAUGGUUUCAAGCCCUGCACUAUUCCCACAGACCUGCCCUCCUGGGACCGAAACGCUAUACGAGAAUGAGACGAAAAUGGAAACACCGGGGUUUCUGGCCGGAUUUCCCAAUCCAUAUUUCCUGCCAGUGUCCGGAUUGCCUGCACCUGAUGGAUUCUCAGCAAUUCAAAGCCCAUUGGACUUCACUUCUCAGAUGGGGAUCGCAACGCCGUUGUGCCCCACUAGCCAUCCAUUGGACUUCACUUCUGCGGUGAACACAAUGUCAUUGCAUCCCACCGGCUUAGAGUCUCAUGGAUCGAGCCCAUCGUCAUAAAGGCCCACGAGCAAGGUCCGUUCUCCCGAGGAAGAACGGUUGAUAAUGUUAUUUUCCGAUGGCGUGGCGGCUGCUAGGGGGAUAGAUAUGAUAGAGACUAUACUCAAGAGCGCAAAUAUAUGUAUGAGAAGAACCACCCAAACAUAGCCAGAGAAUAUUUAAUGUCAGUUUUAUUAAUAUA